CAUCAGAACUUGAUCUUCAGGUAUCUUCAGAACCGUUCAAAAAUCCAGAUCUGGCUCUAUGAAAACGUUAAUCUUCGGUUAGAGGGCUGCAUUGUCGGUUUUGAUGAGUACAUGAAUCUUGUGCUGGAUGAGGCUGAAGAAUACCACGUCAAAACAAAAACCAGAAAGCAUCUCGGACGUAUUCUGCUAAAGGGAGACAACAUCACACUCAUUCAAGAAGUAGAACCAGGAGCCAGUGCUGGAACCUAGGUAGCACUAAUCUCUGAGAGAUGUCUAUUACAUGCAAUUCUCAAAUCACGUGUAAAUUUUGUGGGGUCACAAACAUGCUUAAAGUCCAAGAAUCUGAAAUCCGGGUAAUUGAUUAUUAGACAAAUCCUUCAUCCCUUUAUCAUGGAGAACCGUAUAUGGUGGAUGAUAAUCAGCAAUUUUUAUCAGGUACUCCAUUAUUUGGUCGAGUAGCAUGGAAGUAAAACACUUGAGUACAAUGUUAGACUAUUUGAACAAUUUUUAUUGUUGUGGGCAUUACCAAAUUUUACUGGUAGAGUCAGUCUUGUGAUACACAUAUGGCGUUAUCUGUAGAAAAACGUUUACGAUGGCUUCAUUUCUACAAUUUGUACGAUUGGCUACAGUUUUCCCAUAUUGUUAGAUAUAAUGUGAGUGAGGUUAAAUUGUUUCAGUAGGACAUUUAGUCUCGGAUUUAACACUAUCAUUCCAUUAAUGUUCCUGAAAACCUAACAAACGAUAUCACUUCAUCGUUCCUUGCUCGAAAACAUCAUGUUUUGUAAUAAAACUUGUAAAAUU